ACCCAGCCUGCUUCUAAACUUAAUGAAGCUUGAUUCUCACUGUGAAUUUUGUAUAAUAUGUAGAUUUUGCAAUGGGAGUUUCUUAAACAUAUAUUAUGGUUUACCACAAUAUUGUAAAUUUUUGUUAGUUCGGUUGUAAGUGAAAAUGCUAAUUUAAAAUAAAAGUAGAAGCUGAUACACAGUCAGAUGCUGGAGAUCAUCAGUAGGAGUGCCUGGGAGGCGUUGGAGCCCCUAAACCCAAUUCAGCUGAGAGAAAUACCGAACAACGUGUUUAUGUCGUAUUCAAGACAAGAACCAUGUAGUGGUUACGAUUGCCUUCAUUACCUUAGACGGGAACAGGUCAAACACAUUAGAAUAAAGAAACAUUCAGAUCUUUCCUACAGUUUUCUAAUAGAUGAAGAUGGGAGAAUAUACGAAGGCAGGGGUGCAUCAUUAACGCCGUCAUUACCGAUGAAGUACAAAUAUCUUGAAAGAUGUAGUCUCCUCAUAGUCGCUCUAGGGACCUUCUCUGAUGAACCUCCACCGGACAAAAUGUUUGAAGCAAGAGAAGAAUUUUUACAAUAUUGUGUAAAACAAGAGUUUAUUACUUCGGAUUAUCGUUCAAUAGUUAUAUAAUUCAAUUACUUACACGAUUAUUCCAACAAAAAAGGAUUUAAAACAAUGUUUUUGACAAGAGAGAUGUAUUUCGAAGACUUAAAUAUUGCUCAAGUCUUAUAACUGACAUUUGCAAGAUUGAAAUAUGUGUUUCGCAAACAAUUUUGAAAGUGUUUAUAAUAUUUACUGAGAUGGAAGCUAAACAGAAGCUAGUUUACAAAAAAAUAAAUAUGUUCUGUUAAGUUUCAUAAACAAUGUAUAUUUUUAUUAGUUUGUAAAAAUAUAUUUGAUAUG